UUUUUUACAUACCUAGAGUUGACCUUUCCAUUCCUACACUACGCUUGUAAGGCGAAAUAAACAAAUUGAUCGUGGGCAGUAAAAAUUGCAAAAAUGGGAAAAGUUAACAAAAACAUUCGCGCAAAGGCCAAAGCAGCAGCUGCUAAAGCGGCCGGCGCUACCAAUAACAUCAAAUCAAAAAUUUCAGCAGUAGCCAAGUCAGAUGAAUCGAGUAUGACUGAGGAGAAGCUCCUCUUGCCGAAAACGCCAACGGUCAAGAAAAAAGCUAUUACCAAACGUGACAAGGUGCGACAGAAGCACAAACAACUUAUGAAUAAGUUUGCAUUACUAAAAAAGAAACGGAAGGAGGAAGCUGCGCGCAAAAAUCGUGAAAAGACUGCUGUGAUUGGUGAUUUGAAGCCCUUAAAGGACGCGCUGCCAUCCUUAGAUGAGCUCUUCAAAUUGAGCAAACAAAAGUCGGAUAUUAAAACCGGUAUAAAAAACAUUGAUGAAUCUACUCAGAGUAAUCAAAAAGGAAGGGAGGAAAAGAAACUGAAUGUUAAGCAAAAAUUAAAAAAGAAAAAGGAGAAAUUCAUAAGACAGGUCUCAUCCUACCAGGCUUUACUUAAAGAUCCAGAUUUCAAAAAAAAUCCACGUGAUGCUAUUUCUUAUCAUAUUAAAUAUAAACAUGGACUUAUUGAUGAGUAAAUUGUAAUAUAAAUUUUAUGGUGUAAUAAAUCUAUAUUGUACAUAUAUUAAAA